CCGAGCGCGUCGCAGAGCUCUGGCGGAGGCAGCCUACGGCGUCAGCUGCCGCUACGCACGCACUGCGCUCGGAGGCUUCCGCGCCUCGAAACUAAUGGCACGGCGUUAGACUGUACUGGCUCUUUUCGCUUUCAGAGUGCCGGCAGAUACGAUAUCGAGUAGAGCAAAUGAGCCCUUUACACCACCACUGCGACGCGGCUGCGACACCUGUUUAUUUCUGGUCUCCGUGACAACCGAUCCGGGAAUGGGGAAAGGCGCGUUGUGCUGCAGAAAGCUGUUGAUCGUGCUAUGCGUGUCCUUGCGAGGUGGUGCGCUCGGAGGAGCGUUGUCGAGUGACAGGAGCGACCAAGAUGAGCCCACAACUUGUGCCGGCGUGAGGUCCAUCUUCGAAAUGAAAAACGUGUCAGUGGAGCUGCCAGAUGCACCGAUAAGCGGCCGUGAGCUGACCGUGUGCGUGUCCGAGACGUCGUGCUGCACGCCCGAGAUGGAGUCGGCGCUCCAGCGGCUGGUGCAGAGGGACUUCCAGGCGCUGCUGCACCACAACUCCAGGUCGCUGGAGGGCCUGCUCGUCUCCGCCGCCAACACCAUACGAGAGCACGUGGUGUGGCAGCUGCGGCAGUCGGAGGGCCGGGCGCGCGACCUGCUGGCGCCGCUGCUGGGCCGGCUGCCCGAGGCGCCCCGAGGGGACGACCCGCUAGCGGCGCUGUACGGGCGGCUGGUGGCGCGCCUGGAGGCGCCGCUCCAGCUCCAGCUGCAGCAGGGCGCGCCGCUGGACGGCGCCCUGGAGGAGCUGCUGGCGCGCCUCUUCCCGCUGGCCUACGAGCGCUCGCUGGGCGGCGGCGGCGGCGCGCACCGUGGAGUAGCACCAGGUCUCAUGUCACGUGCUGGAGAAAUCGAAGUGUUUGCUCUACCAUAUGCUGUGUUGAAACCGUACUGCUACCCUGCUCCUUGA